AUGGCAGCGCCCCAAAAUACAGAUCGCAAGGCGCCCAACAUACUAGUAACAGGCACACCGGGCGUCGGCAAAUCCACUCUAUGCUCCAAACUAUCCGAAUUAACCGGCCUAACGUGGCUGGACAUCUCCAAAAUAGCCAAAGACCACGAUUGCCUCGAAGGCUUCGACGAAACCUACCAAUGCUCCUACCUCGACGAGGACAAGCUCCUCGACGGUCUGGAAGACACCAUGAGCAAAGGGGGCAACAUCGUCGACUAUCACAGCAACGAGUUCUUCCCGGAGAGAUGGUUCGAUGCCGUUUUCGUAGUACGAUCGGACAACACCACGUUGUACGAUCGAUUGACGAGCAGAGGUUAUACGGGGAAGAAAUUGGAGGAUAACGUGCAGUGCGAGAUAUUCCAGACUAUAUUGGAGGAGGCGAAGAGUUCCUAUAGAGAGGAAAUCGUGCACGAGAUGUACAGCAGAACGCCCGAGGAAUUGGAGGAGAACGUUCGGAAUAUAUGCGGUUGGUUGGAGGGGUGGUUUCGCGACAAAGGCGAAUCGAAUUAA